CGCCGGCCCCGCCCCCCGCCCCGCGCCGCUCCGCUCCGCAGGGAAGGGCCGCGCCGCGCCGGGAGCGCUGCGAGCGACGGAGCCUGCGCCGUGCCCGGCCGCCUCCCCCUGCCCGCACACCCCGCCUUCCCCCGGCCGCCCGCAGCCGUCGAGGCCCCGGGAGCGGCCUGCGGAGCGAAGCGGGGCGCGGGCCCCCUGCCCCCUCGCCCCCGCCGAGGAGGAUGAGGAGUCCCCGACGCGGAUUAAUAGAAAUAUGCGUUUCCAUAAUAUCACAUUUGAACUAAUGAAGUGGAAGUACAGAUGAAAACAGUCUGGAGGAAGCUUGAAGUACAGUACAGUUUCAUUCAGUUUCCUAAUUCUGAGGAAACAAGUCAGAAAAGUUGUGAUAUCAUCUUUGCAGUCAGCCACCAAAUCUUAAAUUAGGCUUCGCUGAACAGACCAGGCUUAACAUUUGUCAAGCAGAAGGGCCAGUUGCCUUGCACAGGAAGGAUUAGAAGUGAACAAUGACUCGACUGAGAAUUUAUGAGCAAUUACUUGGAGCCUAUCUGCUUAUCAUUCUGCAUGUUCAAGGACAAAAUCUAGACAGCAUGCUUCAUGGCACAGGAAUGAAGACAAAUCCUGACCAGAAGAAACAAGCCAAUGGAGUAACACUUGCUCCAGAGGACACCUUACCCUUUCUUAAAUGCUACUGCUCAGGGCAUUGUCCAGAUGAUGCUAUUAAUAACACAUGCAUAACGAAUGGGCAUUGCUUUGCUAUCAUUGAGGAAGAUGAACAUGGAGAACCUACGCUUGCUUCUGGCUGCAUGAAGUAUGAAGGUUCAGACUUUCAGUGCAAGGAUUCACCAAAGGCACAGCUACGUCGGACAAUUGAGUGCUGUCGGACUGACUUCUGCAAUCAGGAUUUACAACCAACAUUACCACCACUUGAUAGUACAGAUGGACUUUUUGAUGGCAGCAUUCGUUGGAUGGCAGUAUUGAUUUCUAUGGCAGUCUGCAUAAUUGUCAUGAUUAUCUUAUUUAGCUGCUUUUGUUACAAGCAUUAUUGUAAAUGGGUGGCAAAGAGACGCUGUUAUAAUCGUGACCUGGAACAAGAUGAAGCAUUUAUUCCAGCAGGGGAGUCAUUAAAAGACCUUAUUGACCAGUCACAGAGUUCUGGCAGUGGAUCAGGACUACCGUUGUUGGUUCAGCGCACUAUUGCCAAACAAAUUCAGAUGGUGAGGCAAGUUGGGAAAGGACGAUAUGGUGAGGUGUGGAUGGGCAAAUGGAGGGGCGAAAAAGUUGCAGUCAAAGUGUUUUUUACCACAGAAGAAGCCAGCUGGUUCCGAGAAACAGAAAUUUACCAAACCGUUUUGAUGCGUCAUGAAAACAUCCUUGGUUUUAUAGCUGCAGACAUUAAGGGCACUGGCUCCUGGACCCAGCUUUACUUGAUUACAGAUUAUCAUGAAAAUGGAUCAUUGUAUGAUUUUUUGAAAUGCGCUACACUAGACAACAGGGCUCUCCUCAAACUGGCCUAUUCUGCUGCAUGUGGUCUGUGCCAUCUACACACAGAAAUUUAUGGGACACAAGGCAAGCCUGCUAUUGCGCACAGGGACCUGAAGAGUAAAAACAUCUUGAUAAAGAAAAAUGGAACCUGCUGUAUUGCUGACUUAGGCCUUGCAGUCAAAUUUAACAGUGAUACAAACGAAGUUGAUGUUCCCUUGAACACUAGAGUGGGAACAAAACGUUACAUGGCUCCAGAAGUCCUAGAUGAAAGCCUGAAUAAAAACCAUUUCCAACCAUACAUCAUGGCUGACAUCUACAGUUUUGGGCUGAUCAUCUGGGAGAUGGCUCGGCGCUGUGUCACAGGAGGUAUUGUUGAAGAGUAUCAGUUGCCAUACUAUGACAUGGUGCCAAAUGAUCCAUCCUAUGAGGAUAUGAGAGAAGUGGUGUGUGUCAAACGCCUACGCCCAGUGGUAUCCAAUAGGUGGAACAGUGAUGAAUGUUUAAGAGCAAUAUUGAAAUUAAUGUCUGAAUGCUGGGCCCAUAAUCCUGCCUCAAGACUUACUGCCUUGAGGAUCAAGAAGACACUUGCCAAGAUGGUGGAAUCACAAGAUGUAAAGAUUUGACAUAGUAAACUGACAUUGGGGAGCAAAGCUGGACUCCUAGAACUUUUCACUCAAACUUGGGUGAGAUCUAAGUGGGAAGAGGAAGCAACUGAGAUUCAGUUUUUUUCCUCACCACACUUCUACAGGCUGCUAAUUAAAUCUUUCAGUACUUCAUAGACUGUGAUGCUGAGAGCCUCUGUACACUACAUGCUACGUAUAUGGACAGCCUUGUUAAAAUACACGUUUCAUUUUUGUUUGAGCUGCAUUGAGACUUCAGUCAUACUUAGUGAGUCUCCAGUAAAACUCUGGGUACUGAAUUGAAUGUUCAGAUUACAGUGCUUUCUGUGAAAGCCUAACAAGCUAAAUGGAUUCAACAGAGAUGGAGAAUAUAAGCUUUUUUUGCCUUCUACCUGAUAAAACCUAGUCAAUUAAUAACAAGUUUUUGUGAAACAGCCUGUAGGUUAUGGAUAUGUUUGUGAUACUGCUCAGUUUAACAGUUCCUUAUGCCUUUAUGUGUGUGCCAGGAUUAUUUUGCUGCCAUUUGGGAUAGAUAAGAAACCAUGUAAAUGAACAAAUUUCUAUGGUCAGGGCUCCGAGUAUUUUGUGACUUCACAAUCACAGAAUUUGCUGCAGAAUUUAUUCCUUGUCGUUAAGUUAUUCUCCAAAAAUUUCAGUUUUAAUUUUAUUUCUAUCCCUGUUUUGGUCGCAAAGAGAACUGCAGAAAUGUGAACCAGUUAUAACCAAUGCCUACCUGAGUCUGUAAAGAGCUUGAAACAAUAUCUCUCGGAGGUAUAAACUGCCUUGGCGAUCUUGCUUACAGUCUAGUGGGCUCCAUAAUUGCACAACUAUGAAAUCUGGCAUAUUUUUCAUAAUGCCACAUGCAACCAGCAUUUUUGCUGCUUCAUAUCUUAACAGAGAGACCAGUGGUGUUCUGUUUUGCCUUUCCACUUUAUUUGGACUUACCUGUAGGUGCCUGUCAUGCUCUGAACUUUUUCCACACAGGAGGGAGUUAGCCGUAGGAACAUACUUUCUCACCGGUUGACUAAACCAGACAGAAGAUAAGUUUUGAAAGGCUUGAGAACAAGUCUAAUUUGCAGAUACAAGAGGGGGAAAGCAAGAAGCUCAGACUGGGCGUAGAAGAUUAGAGAAUACAGUAAAGGUCAAGACCUGGAGAAUUGAGUAUGUGAACUGUUGAAGAUAGGACCCAUGGUGUGCAGAAGACUGAGCUGGGUUGCCCUGAUACAAAUGCAGAAGGUCACAUCUGUGGGCUGCUUAGAGGACAGUUAUAAAAUCCAAGAUUUAUGGAAAAGGUAAAUUAGUGACUAUUUCUAAUUCAAGUUAGCCAUGUUUGGGAGGAAUGGCAUUAAAAGAGAUUUCAUGAAGAUACAAUAAAUUAACAUAAUUGCAAAAUUUGGUCCUCUUGUGCCAACUAUUUUUGGCAUGCACAGGACGCUAUUUCCAUCCUUUUUUUCACUGAUCCGGACAAGCUGGUUAAAAAGUCAGAACCCCUCCAUGAGGUUACUGUAAGGCAGACUUAGUGAUACAGAACUCCUUUGCCACUUCUAGUUUGAAGUCAGAAAAUAGUACCAUAACUCAAGUUGAAACUUCAAAUGCGCGAAUUGUCUGAAGAAUGAACACACAGUAUUGGAACCAUUAAACCUAUUUGAUAAUUUAAGUGCCUAUAACUUUGUACUGUAAACCUUGUUCUAGAUAACUUUAAAAAGGGAAGUUAUUUAUACAGUGUGUUUUGUGCUUUAUUAAAAAAAAUCUAGUCUUAGGUACAUGUGUACGAUUAGAUACAUGUGCACACACACGCCAUAGUUGAGAUUUGAAGAAAAAAGGAAUAAUAUUAAAAUUGAUGAAAAAUGUUAAAACUUCAGAUGGAUUUAUGUCAGAUUAUUUGUUGUCUUAAAAUAUGUACAUGGAGAUUGUUUUGAUAUGUGUUUAAAUUUCCCUUGAAAAUACAGCUGAUAGUUCUGUUUUACUUUGUUUUCUAAUGUGAUUUGUGAACAACUACAACAUCCUAACAUAUGGGUUUUUUUCUUUUUAAUUCUGUGGUUCACAUAAUGUAAAUGGUCAGGCAAAAGAUUGCAGUAUUUUUAUUUUCUAUUGUGAUGUACAGACUUUAUUUAACAGUGCUACAUAUUUUAUAGAAAACUAGCUAUUUCAAGGGACAUUUCUUUUUUUAAAAAUAAAGUCAUUACUUUUGUUCAGUAAUGCCUUUAAGUAUUAAUAUGUGUUCUGACUGAACAGUUCAUAGGUGUGUCAACUAUGAUUUUAACUUAUUUGCAAACAGCAAGUGAUAAAUGAUAUUGUGCCACAGUUCUUAUGAUAAAGGGCUUUUUAAAAGAGGGUUUUUCCGUCCAUUGCCAAGAAGUGUACAAGAUCAAAAUUGUUAAUCAUGUCUUUACGUGUAAUUUUUGCACAGGUAGUUGGAAAAUAUUUGGUAUGAGCCAAAAAAAAAAAAGAUAAACUUUUUUUCUUCUUUAGAAUUUUUGUCAAUAAGGAGGAAAAACGUUUAUGUAGGUAGCCUGGUAACUUAUAUUUUCAGAACAUGGAGGCAUAUUUAAUUUAAUCCAUUCCUAUUUAGAAUACUUUUUAUUUCUGUCAGAAAUUGCUACAGCAUUAGCAGCUGUAAACUUGUUUGACAUUUUAACAUUUUAAUUUUUGUUUUUUCUGCUAAUGUUUCUUAAGUCUUCAGGAAGUCAUUGGUGGUAGUAUAAAUAAAACAAAGGAAGUGUGAAUUUCCAUGGCUUUUAAUUCACAUAUUUUCUCUCUAUUGUUUAGGCAUUUGCAAGGCAAUAGGAUGGUGAUCUUUGGUAGACAUCUUAAGACCUGAUUGAUUUACACAUUCACUUUAACAGAAGAAGUAAGCUGACUGCUGUAAAGAAGAUCUGUGAUGUUUGUGAGAAAAGGGUCUUGUAGGCUUAAGCUAAACCUUCACUUUUCAGAACUUUGGUUACUAGGUUCAUGCUCAAACAUAUGCACAUGCAGUUUUCAUUGACUUGAACAGGAGCUGCUGGGUGCUUAAUAUUACUUGUUUCCUUAAUAUUCCAAAAAAUCUAAUUGCUAAAGGACCUGGCUGCAUAAAGCACUUGAGCAGAUAUCUACACUGCAUGCAAAGUAAUUCACAGUUUGGAGCCUAUGUGUAUGUGUGAUAUCAGUAUGUAUAUGCUGAUACUUUAGCAGUCGUUUGGAAAAAAACUUUGCUGUAAGCCAGUCCAUUAAUUAUAACAUGAUUAAGCAUACUCAGAGCUUAAGCAGAGUUGUUGCUUCAUGCAGUACUGUAGAAUUCAUAAGCCUUUGGGGGAGAGGGGCUAGAAUUCUUUUAUUGUUGUAUGAUUGUCUCAUUUUCUUGGUCAAAAUUAUUUUAAGCAUUUGUCAUCCAAAACAUCUUCCAAGCAACCCUGGCAAAUGAUUUUUGUAUUAUUAUUAUUAUUAUUAUUAUUUAUUUUUUUAAAUAAAGCAUGUGGCAUUUAUCUUGAAAGUAUCAAGAACUGUGCCUUGGGAGCUCUUAAGCAGUCACAUAUGGAGGGGUUUUUUUUAUUUAACCUGCUCCCUUUGAUUUCCGUUAGUUGGAAAAUAAUUUGAAUCACUGAUGUAAUACUGACUGUUACAUUUGUUGAAAGGAAAGGGGGUUUUGUGUUCCUGAUUAACUUGUAAAUUCUGCAAGAAACAUGAUAUUCCUACAGAAAAAUGUCGACUUGUAUUUUGAGUUCUGCUGUCUUGCUUAGCUUUGAAUUUUCCUUUUAGAAAUAGGUAUCUGGAACACACAGUUCUGAGCAAGAGAGUUAUAUAGCUGCCACAAACUUGCAAUUCACUUUCAAGGUAAAUAUUUUUGUAGUAUCGGGCUUUAUGAAUUUUAGGAAACUUAACAGUUUUCCAAAACUGCCUCACUUUUUCUUUGAUAGUUUUCUAAAUUGGUCUAUUUUGAAGUAUUGAAUAAAAUGUAAAAUGAAUCUUUUAAAUUACCUCCAUAGCAGGUUAGAAUUAAAUUUUAGAUCAUCUAAAUGACCAUUUGAAUGUGCUAUGAAAUGAAUCAUUUGGAUAGAGAUCAUCUGAUCUGUCUUCACAGAUUGUAUUUUAACAGUCUAAAAAUGUUUGAAAAGCAAAAACCGUAAGUUAAAAAGCCUUCUCUGGUUAUUGCAGUUAUUUUUAACGGGGAGUUAUGCUCGCAUUCUGUCAAAUACUAGAAUGAUUUAGCGCUUCCUCAUUCUUCUGGCCGUGCCUCUGAAGAAGUCAAAAACAUUAUCCUGUUCCCUGCUAUCUUUAUCCCAGAUAGAGGUGAGGUUUAAAAAUGAGUUACAAUGCUGCAUGAUACAGUGCUUUAUGGAGCCAUGGUGUAUUAGCCUUGGUUGGUAUAGCAAGUGGAAUGCACAUUAUUCUUAAUUUGUUGAACAAAUCUCAUGUAAUUGUUGCCUUGUAAUGUUUUAUCUUUAAAUGCAAUUAUAGAAGCCCACAUCAUGUAGUGACAUUUGUGCUCUGACGUACCAUGCCCAAAAUGAAAUGUACUAUAUUGUAUACAAGAAGAAUAACAUUGUAGUUAACCUAAAGAAGAUGUAAAUAAAAUAUGAAAGGGUGGAACAAGGAGAAUGGUCACACUCUAAUGUGUGUUAUAUGCCAGAAGUGUAGAAUACUCCUUAAAAAUGUAACACACUAAUGUAUUUUGUACAGCAUCUGCUUUAAAAGGUGCCUUAUUGAGUUUACCAUGAAUUGCUUUGUUCUGUACACAGUUUAUGUCCAAUGUAUCAUUUUUAAGUAAAUAACCUUAUUUUAGUA